UGUUAGUUUACACAUGGAUAGCAAAACCCUUGGCAACAUCUGGUGGUGCGAUAAUUACAUUAGGAUUUAACAUUCUUUAGGAUACUAUCAUCAUCAUGUUGAAGUCCAAAACCUUCGUUAAGAAGACCCGGUCGGGUGGGGUGAUGAAGGUUGUGCGUGAACAUUACUUGAGGGAUGAUAUUUGGUGCGGAAGUGAAAUUUGCGCAGAAUGCAAACAGGACUCCACGGUACUGCAGAAAGACGCGUGCAUAGAGAGCGGUCUGUGCUCUUAUUCGCACUAUGUGGUCCCUGACACGAAUGUGGUGCUCCAUCAGAUUGAUGUGUUGGAAGACCCUGUGAUACGUAAUGUGAUCAUCCUUCAGACUGUUCUGCAGGAGGUACGCCACCGCAGUGCACCAGUCUAUAAACGCCUGAAGGACAUCAUACAUGAGAAAGAAAAACAUUUCUACACUUUUACCAAUGAACACCACAGGGAGACAUUCAUAGAACGUGAACCAGGGGAGAGCGCCAAUGACCGUAAUGAUCGCGCAAUCCGCGUGGCAGUUAAAUGGUACAGCCAGCAUCUGAAAACAUCCGAAUCCGACUCAGAUGGCGUCAAAGUGGUCCUCCUCACCAAUGAUCAAGGGAACAAGCAGAAGGCACAAGAGAAUGGCUUAGUGGUGUACAAAUUUGAGGAAUACGUCAAGAGUCUCAUAGCAAACCCUGAGCUUGUGGAUCGUCUAGCUUUGUCCAACGAUGAUAAGAAUGAGAUCACAAGCAGUAAAGUGUUAUUUCCAGAGCACCUUCCUCUGUCCAGGAUCCAAGCUGGAAUUAAGAGUGGCUCCUUUCUUCAGGGCACCUUCAGAGCCAGCAGAGACAACUAUCUGGAGGCCACAGUCUUUGUCCAGGGAGAAGGUGAAGACAGCACAGAGAUCCUACUCCAGGGUCUUCAGAAUAUUAACAGAGCGGUCCACCAGGAUGUGGUUGCCGUGCAGCUGCUUCCACGGAAUCAGUGGGUGGCACCCUCUUCGGUUGUGCUGCAGGAUGACGGUGCAGCAAAGGAUGAUAAUGUUGAGGAGGAUGAAGAUGAAGAAGAGAAAGUGUUGAAGAUAUCAGCAGCCGAAGCAGCUAAAAAACCCACAGGGAAAGUGUUGGGAAUCAUCAAAAGGAACUGGAGGCCCUUCUGCGGCAUGCUGAAUAUCUCUCAAAUCAAAGAGUCAACCCGCCAUCUUUUUACCCCAGCAGACCGUCGAAUCCCACGCAUUCGCGUUGAAACGCGACAGGCCUCCACACUGGCAGGUCAGAGGAUCAUGGUGGCCAUUGAUGGAUGGCCCAAACAUUCCAGAUAUCCAAAUGGUCACUUUGUCCGCAGUCUGGGAAGUGCAGGGGAAAAGAACACAGAGGAGGAAGUGCUGCUGCUGGAGCACGAUGUUCCACAUCAGGCCUUCUCUCAGGCUGUGCUUAGUUUCCUCCCCAAGAUGCCAUGGGCCAUCACACCAGAGGACAUGGAGAAGAGAGAGGACCUGAGGCAUUUGACUGUGUGCAGUGUGGAUCCUCCAGGAUGCACAGAUAUAGAUGAUGCCUUACACUGCAGAGAGCUCGAAAAUGGGAAUCUUGAGGUUGGGGUCCACAUUGCUGAUGUCAGUCACUUCAUCAGACCCGGCAAUGCACUCGACAAAGAGGCAGCAAGCCGUGGUACAACUGUGUACUUGUGUGGAAAGAGGAUAGACAUGGUUCCUGAACUGCUCAGCUCCAAUCUUUGCUCUUUGCGCUCCAAUGUGGAGAGGUUGGCGUUUUCAUGUGUUUGGGAAAUGAACCACAAAGCAGAAAUUCUAAAGACCCGGUUCACCAAAAGUGUCAUCAACUCCAAGGCAUCUCUGACUUAUGCUGAGGCUCAGCUGAGGAUCGACGACACCAGCAAGAAUGAUGAUAUCACCAAGAGCUUGCGAGGUCUUAACAAGCUGGCCAAAAUCCUCAAGAGGCAGAGGAUAGAGAAAGGGGCAUUGACGCUGUCAUCCUUAGAGGUUCGGUUCCACAUGGACAGUGAAACCCAUGACCCCAUAGAUCUCCAAACCAAAGAGCUCAAGGAGACCAACUCUAUGGUGGAGGAGUUCAUGUUACUGGCUAAUAUUUCAGUUGCACAGAAGAUUUAUGAUGAAUUUUCAGAGUGUGCGCUGCUGAGGAAACAUCCAGCACCACCCCCCUCUAACUAUGACAUCCUGCUCAAAGCUGCAAAAUCCAAGCAUGUGGAGAUCCACACAGAUACAGCCAAGGCACUGGCUGACUCUCUUGAUGUAGCUAAAGUGGAUGACUUCCCAUACUUUAACACGCUGCUGCGCAUCUUGGCCACUCGCUGCAUGAUGCAAGCAGUCUAUUUUUGUUCCGGCAUGGACAGUGAUUUCCACCAUUACGGUCUUGCCUCACCCAUUUAUACCCACUUCACAUCCCCAAUUAGGAGGUAUGCAGAUAUCAUAGUGCACCGUCUCUUGGCAGUGGCUAUAGGAGCAGACAGCACCUACCCAGAUUUGAUGGACAAACAUAAACAGUCGGCCCUCUGCAACAACCUCAACUACAGACACAAAAUGGCUCAAUAUGCACAAAGGGCUUCUGUAGCCUUCCACACACAGUUGUUCUUUAGGAGCCGAGGCAUCCUGAACGAAGAUGGAUUUGUGCUGUUUGUGAGGAAGAACGCCAUCAUUGUUCUCAUCCCAAAGUUUGGUCUGGAGGGAACAGUCUUCUUUGACACCAAAAACAAAGUUUCCCCCAACAUUGUUUUUGAUGAAGAGGGUCCCUCUUUGAAGGUGGAGCAGCACACAUUCCACAUAUUUGAUCGGGUGAAGGUCACCAUCAGCCUGGAUGACUCCAACAUUCAGCACCAGAAGAUCCGCAUGGCUUUAACUGAACCUGUGAUCCCUGGUGUUAGUGUUCCUGCUUCUGAUGCUGAACCACAGGCCAAGAAACCAAAACUGGACCGCUGACACAAAAGGAGCUCUGGAAAUGACCCAGACCACAUGAGUGUUCCAGUUCUCAAACCAGAUUGGAUUAUUUGAACUCAUGAAAGUGUUAAUGUUUGGAGCAACAGUAAGAGUAAUUUUUCUAAAUCUGCCACAGCAAAGACUUGCUCGUACUGGUCUUAUAGUUAUUUUAUUAUUUGAAACAUAUGUUAGUGCAAACUAUGAAUGCAAUAUAACUAAAAUUUGUAACAGUUAUUAAACAAUUUUAACCUCACAGCUCUGAAUUAUUUUGAUAAAAUUUUAAUUUGAGCAGUUGGGAACCACAACAUGACUGACAAAUGGUACUAGUAAUGGACCCACAACUCUGAACAGGAAAAGCAAGUACAGACAAUGGCUGUGGGCCAUGCCAGAAUAAUCAGCACA